AUGGGCGCUGUAAAUGUUUAGUGUCAGCUGAUUCCCCACAUCACUGACGGUCACGCACGGGUUGCUGCGUAAUUUUAUACCCAAGACACAUAAACAGAUCGAUGUGGAUGUUAUGCUCCUAAAACAAAAAUCUGUAUUGGGGAGUACUGGAUCUCUAUGGCGGCUGAAAUACACCACACCAGACCUCAGGCUCGGAAACCCGUCCUGCUCGGUAAAAUCGACUCUUUCCAAGAUGUGGUGAGCACUGCGGUCAUCAUUCCCAAAGAAGACGGGGUAAUCACCGUGUCUGAGGACAGGACAGUCCGGGUAUGGCUGAAGAGAGACAGUGGACAGUACUGGCCAAGUAUCUACCACACUAUGCCAGCUUCCUGCACCUGCAUGUCCUUCAACCCAGAGACCCGUCGCCUCUCCAUUGGCAUGGACACCGGAAGAGUGUCAGAAUUCAUCCUGGCUGAAGACUACAACAAGAUGACUCCCUCAAAGAAUUAUCAGGCUCACCAGGGUCGGGUGACGGUGGUGCUGUUUGUCCUGGAGAUGGAGUGGGUCCUCAGCACUGGCCAAGACAAGACCUUCACCUGGCACUGCUCAGAGAGCGGCCAGCGGCUGGGCGAGUACCGGACUCCUGCCUGGGUCUCCGGGCUGCAGUUCGACGUGGAGACGAGGCACGCGUUUGUGGGUGAGCACUCGGGACAGGUGACCAUUCUGAAGGUGGAGCAGGACAAGUGCAGCCUGGUCACCACGUUUAAAGGACACACGGGCAGUGUGACGGCUCUCUGCUGGGAUCCCGCCCAGCGAGUCCUGUUUUCAGGAAGCUCUGAUCACUCCAUCAUCAUGUGGGACAUCGGGGGACGCAAGGGGACCGCCAUCGAGCUGCAGGGGCACAAUGAGAAGGUACAGGGGCUCAGCUGUGCUCCUCACACUCGGCAGCUGAUCUCCUGCAGUUCUGACGGGGGCAUCGUCAUCUGGAACAUGGACGUCUCCCGGCAGGAGACCCCUGAAUGGCAGGACAGUGACUCCUGCCAGAAGUGUGAGCAGCCGUUCUUCUGGAACUUCAAACAGAUGUGGGACACUAAGAAGAUCGGACUACGGCAGCACCACUGCAGGAAGUGUGGGCAGGCUGUGUGUGGAAAGUGCUCUUCUAAGCGCUCUACCAUCCCACUCAUGGGGUUCGAGUUCGAGGUGCGAGUGUGUGACCUCUGCCAUGGCUCCAUCACUGACGAGGACCGCGCUCCCACGGCGACCUUCCACGACAGCAAGCACGGCAUCCUGCACAUGCAGUUUGAGCCCACCCGAGGCUGGCUGCUGACCUCUGGGACUGACAAGGUCGUCAAGCUGUGGGACAUGACCCCGGUGGUGUCCUGACCACACCCGUUGCCGCCGGCGACACCACGCAAGCCUCGCACGUCGAUGCGGAGCCCCAGUGACUGCCACUCUGGGAGGGGGGAAGGCUCCGGUGGAUGAGGACUUGGGUCACUGCUGAAGCCGGCCCACUGCGCACUGACACCCUUCUGAGCUGCGUUUCCCUCCUCUUCCUCCCCGGCCCCCUCAGGACAGUUUGUGGAACUGACAAAAACAAAAUGGUUCUAUCUCCAUGGUUACUCAUUGGUCAUGGGAAAGGGAGAGAUGGAGUCUUUUUGCCCUCUGGUAUCUCUGUCUGUGAUCUCUCUCUCUUUUCCCUCCUUUUCUCUCCUCCCUCUCUCUCUCUGGUUACAUUUUUCUUUUUGUCUCGAGCACCACCUCUUUCAGAGAAGUGGUGCUCGGUAAGACCGGUGUCUGUCUCUCUCCACAACUACUAUAUAUUUGUAGCAGAUAUGAGGAAACGGUGUGUUCUAUGCGUUUUGGUUUUGAUCAGACAUUGGUCGAAAUUUGAGGUGGGCAAUCUACAAUUUACUAAAGAAAAUAAAUAGUUUUUCUUUCUUUAAUCCAUACGCUACUACAGUUGUGAUUGGAUGAAAGAAGACAUAUCAGCACCGUUUGCACAACCAGCACAACUUAACUUGUUUUUGCUUAGGUCUUUAAAUUCAAAUGGACUCAAAAUGGCAUUUGUGUUUAAAGUGCUAUAUUUACAGAAAUGUACAUAUCUUUAUAAUGGGGCAUUUUUGUUUCUGCAAUUUUUGCGGGGAUAAUAUGGCUAGCAGUAGUGGAGUGGUAGAUGACCAAAAUGCCUCAUUAUUAAAAGCAAGGGAAAGGGAAAACGUACAAAUAAUACCGAGUAUUAAUAUAUACUGUUUAUCACUGUUGGGACCAGGUUACGCACCCUAUUGAGGAUGUUUUUUUUUUUUUUUUUUUUACAAAUGGGUUCCAUGAAGAUAAUCAACUUCAUAUAUAUAUAUAAAUAAAAAACAUGAUCAUAUAUAAACUGUACCAGUCACCAUUUUUGUUGGAACCGCAGGUGCAUUGUGGGGUGACGGAGUCUGGAAAGAUAUGCUAGUCUUCACAAGCAGAACGUCUCCGUUCAGACAGUCCGCGUGCUGGAGUAGGAAACUGGGCUUGUGUGAGAUGCGUGUCAGGACUCGCCUUUUCCUUCCUUGCAUAAUAAGGCUUUUCAUUUUGAAUCACGAAAUUGUCAUUAACAAACUGCCUCUCCAAAAAUGCUCUGCCCUGCUAAAGAAAUUGGUAAUAAAAAUACUAAUAACAUACUUUAUAAAAAAUACAUUGACUCAAUGUUCCCUGUGACGGAGAGAAAAUGUGUGAACAAAAGUAAAACAAGUGUUGUUUUGCAUACAGUUUCUGGAAAUGCGAAAGUAUUCAGACAGCACAUUGUAUUUGAAAGAAAAGUCAUGAAUAUGAGGUCAUACUGGCAUAAAAUGGCAGCUUUACUUUGAGGUUAUUUACAUCCAUAGCAGGUCAACUACAGCCUUUUUUUAUUCAUAGUCCCCCCAUUUUUGGGGACACUGCAUUUCAAUUCAGAUAAUUCAGGAAUUUAUCUGAAAUUCACUUAUUGAGAGAACUGCAUAGAGCAUGCAUCUACAGUGUUUAUGUUUUACUGGAAUUGGCAUUGACCUUAAUGAAGUUUACUUACUUUAGACAAGCAUUAUUGUAUGAGGGAAAGAAGCUUGUUGAUGCCAGUGCUGUGAUGUCCAAUUGAAUUCUACCCCAUCAGAAAGGCUUGAGGUACAGUAGUUAGUUUGACUUGGAUAACGGGAGUUAGUAAGACAAGGAUAACACUCUUUUUCUCACAGUUGUUUUAGCUGAUCGGAUGAGAAUUCCCGACAUGGCUAAAGCACAAAUAAUAUUGUUUAAUAACAUUGCUCAUAAUUGUACUGUGAUUUGGAUACUUUACCUAAUGUGAUGAAGCAAAAACCAGCUAAACAUUACUUUGAGAAAACCAA